CUGACCAACACUUUUGAUGACGAAGUACACCUUCACCUUAAAGCGGAAGUAAAGAUUGACAGCUUCGUCCAAAUCUAAUGUAAAAGCAAAUCUUUCGAAUGAAGGAUAGUGUUAAAUUAUGAAAUAUGGGGUUUGGGACAGACCUGCAAGGCAAGGAUUCCCAUGAUGCCCUUGUGCGUUGCCAUGACACUGAAAUUAGAUUGUAUGAAAAUAUUAAACGUUGCUUAAAUAUUCGGAUAGACAGUGAUAAGAAAUAUGCGACAUCUUUAACAACAUUUGUACAACAAGCUCAGAAAGUUGAUUUCUCAGAGUUCUCUUCAACAUGUGCUGUCAUGCAGGCAUGGGAUGUUAUCAUUCAAGAGACAGAGAAAUUUGUCCAGCAAUUAAAGAGAAACGUAGAAGAACUGACAACAGACACAAUGGAAAAGCUGAACGAGAUAUUACAUGAGAAAAAGACAGUGAAAAAACAGUACUUAGAGGAGAGAAAUCAUCUAGAAAAUGAUUUCUCUAAGGUGCAGACAGCGGUUAGAACACAGAAACAAGAAUAUGAUAAGUGUCUGGGCAAACUCCAACAGGAUCAGGCAAAACUUCAGGAUCUUAAAGGGAAAGCUAAAUCUGGAGGAAAGUUGGACAAGGCUAAAUUAGACCAUAAAAAAUCCAUGGUAAAGCUACAUACAGUUCACAACAACUAUGUUUUAUCCUUACAAGAAGUGUGCUUACAUCAAAAAGAGUAUCUCAAUCAGACUUUACCAGAGUUUUUAGAUUCUCAUCAGGCGACGCAGGAAGCACUUGCUCAGCAAUGUAAAGAUUUCCUGCAGAGUUUUUACACCAAUACAAAUUUCUGUAGUGAAGACUUCUGUGAUAUGUCCAAACAAAUAUCCGACUCCAUCGGAGAAAUAGUCCCUGAAAAUCACUUUGUACAGUUUAUAGAUGCCUUCAAAUCCGAUCCAAUAGAAAAUGUGACGUUUGAAUUUGAUGAAGGUUUGAUUAGUAAUGUAACAGGGGAUCUGAAAGCUGACACAAUACAACUCAACGCAGAGACACAUGACACUCUCAAAACAAGGUUACAGUCACUGGAAGAGGAAGAAAGUACGACAAAACAAGAAUUAGAAAGUAAGGAAGAGGCCUUGAAAGGGGUGGAGGAUGAUAUCACACAAAUAGAAUGUAGUCCCAAAGACAAAGAUAAUAGUAUGUUAUUAAAGAAAAAGAGGCAACGAUAUCUACAGAAGAAACGAGAGCGACACAAAUGUCUGUUAGAGGUAACAGAGACAAAAGCCAAGUUGGAAAUCCAGUCACAGAUGAUUCAACGGAUAAAAGAUUCACUUGAUGCCGUAGGGGAUGAGAUGCCUAAAAUGUUAGACAAUGGGGAUGAUUGUGAUGUCUCUUUGACAAGUGAUUCCAACCAACCUCAAACCAGUACCAUAGCAAAGGCCGGGAAACCAUUCAAGUCAUUGUUUAAUAAAUUCAAGAAAGCAGACGGAGGUGAAAAGAGUACACACUAUGAAGACAAUGAAGUCAAUGAAGCGAAUCAUACAAAUAAUGCACAUGAAAUCAACUCAAGUGAUGUAGAGGCUGUGUUGGAAGAGCAGGAGUGGUUCCAUGGCGUUCUGCCAAGGGAAGAGGUUCAACGUCUGCUCAAUAAAGAUGGAGAUUUCAUCGUGAGGGAAAGUAAAAACAAGAAAACAAGUGAAGUCCAGUAUGUUCUGUCAGCUUUUUGGAACGGACAUAAACACUUUAUUAUACAGUAUGGAGAGGGAGGAUGGAGGUUUGAAGGAGAUUCUUACCCGACCAUUCCAGAGUUAGUGACAGUCCAGUAUAAAAGUGGGACCAUCGUGACGGCUAAGUCUCAGUGUAUACUCAGUACUCCUAUCAUCAAAGAACUCUGGCAGUUAAAUAACGAUGAUAUAGCUUUAGAAAUGAAGAUCGGCAAUGGUAAUUUUGGUGAGGUAUACAAAGGGUUAUAUAAACCUAAGAACCAGGUUGUGGCUAUAAAGACUUGUCGAGAUACGCUCUCUGAUGAUCAGAGGAAGAAGUUCUUACAAGAAGGAAGGAUCUUAAAACAAUAUGAUCAUCCUAAUAUUGUACAGUUCAUUGGAAUAGCUGCUCAGAGACAACCUGUUAUGAUUGUGAUGGAAUAUGUGGCAGGUGGUGCACUGUUAAGUUAUUUACGGAAACAUGGAAAAACUCAAUCAAAGAAACAGUUAACAAAGAUGUGUGAAGAUGCAGCUAAUGGAAUGGCAUAUCUGGAAAAUAAAAACUGUAUCCAUCGAGAUCUAGCAGCUCGUAACUGUCUAGUGGGUGACAGCAAUGUUGUUAAGAUAUCAGAUUUUGGUAUGUCUCGAGAGGAAGAGGAGUAUACUGUAUCAGACGGACUGAAACAAAUCCCCAUAAAAUGGACAGCACCAGAAGCCUUGUUAUAUGGUAAAUACACAUCUCUUUGUGAUGUGUGGAGUUUUGGUAUAUUGAUGUGGGAGAUAUUUUCUGGUGGAUUAACCCCAUACCAAGGCAUGUCAAAUGCUCAGGCCAGAGAAAGGGUGGAUGCAGGAUAUAGAAUGCCAGCAUCAGAGGGAACACCAGAAGCUAUAUAUACACUAAUGAAGAAGAUAUGGGAAUAUAAUCCAACAGAGAGACCACAUUUUGAGGCAAUCAGAAAAGAACUGAAAUCUAUACACCAUAGCUUAUAGCAAUGGAGUGAGCUGGAAUGUGAUAUUGUUCUAACUAAGUGCUCUGUACAGAUAUGUAAUUUUUGAUGCAAAAUCAUGUACUGUGAAAUAAUUUGUUUUUAUGUGUCAUACUGUUUCUAUGGAAACCUUAUAUUUUAUUCAUACACACAAUAGUUGCCUUUUCAGAAAAAGUUAAUAAAUCACAACAAUUCAACUUUUUUUGAAAAA